GUGCUCUCUGGUGCCGGCCUCACCGGUGCCCGGCGUCGUUCUUCAGGAAUCAUCUUCUCUCCUCCGAUUCCCUUCUAAUCUUUACACACCAUGUCUCUCAGCCUCUCUCUCGUUCCUUCUCCUUGUCUAAAUCUCUCCUUUUCCUCUUCCAAUUUCUUGUAUGAAAUGGUGUUUGCUCUUCUUGUAUGAAUUUGUAACUGUGUCAUAAGUUUGGUUUUUUUUUGGAUACGAGAGGGCAGCGACCCAGCGAGAGUAUUAAGAUUCCCUGUUGCGCUUUUCAAUGCUAUUUUGUGGGCUGUUUGGGCUAUUUUAAUUUUUAGGGUACUUGGUAAUUGUGUGAUUAAUUGAAUUAAAUGUGGGUUAUUUGUAAUUGGUGUGCAAUUAUCCUAAUGUCUUUAAAAUUAGGAUAAUUAAUAUAUGUUGUGAAUAUUUCGAACAUAAAUACAUGUAUCUUACAAUGAAAUGAAUUAUAUAAAUUAAAAAUUGAAAGACUUGGGAGCCGUAUGUGCAAUGGAAGCAACUAUAGUUUCUAUCAAGAUAGUUCCUCCCUGUGCUCAUAACGACAAGGGACAAGGGAAGAAGAAUGGUGUGUGUAUGCGCUUCGUGAAUAUCAUUAAACAUGAUGUUUAUGUUGAAUGGUUCAAACUUGACAUGAGCAGUGGGGAUUUAUCUCCGACCUUCGAGCUGAAAACCACAGAUAUUGCCUAUGCAGGUUCCAGUGUCGUUACCUUGGGCUCUGUCAUCUAUGUUAUUGGUGGUUUGAAACUUAUUGGUGAUGAAAGCUCACGCGAUGUUUAUUAUUUUGACACUGCCCACCCUGAAUAUGAUUGGUGCAGAGCCGCUUCUUAGUUGGCGCCUAGGUCCUCCUUGCCUUAUUCCCAAUGGCAAGAUUUAUGUCUUUGGGUGGAGGCUUAUAUUAUGGUCCCUUUGCUGAGGUUUAUGACCCACUCAAAAGCUCAUGGGAAGCCUUGCCUAGUCCACCUGAUGCUUUAGGAAUAAAAAAGCAUAUUCAUCCCUUUCAUUCGAUGUUGACUGGCUCUGAUGGUUGUUCUAAUCCAAUACUUCUGCUCCGAUCUUGUAACACCGAUGCCCUCCAUGCUUAUCAUUUUGGUAAAAUAGAAGAUGGUCCUCCUAGGUCGAUGAUUCCAAAUUGGGUGAAGUCCAUUCCCAGGCUAUAGUAGUGGAUGAUGUGCUGUUUAGUUUCUCAUCCC